AUUAUAUGAUCCUAUGGAUGGUAUUGGAGAAUUGAGAAGUUCAGGUAUAGCACAUGUGAACAGCAUUCCUGUCACUAAAAAAAAUCGUAUAUUGGAAUUACUUAAAAAAAAGACUCAAGAAUCAAGCGAUGAUAAAAAUGAUUUAAGGACAAUUUUA